AUGGGAGGAGGAAUGUCUCUAAUCGUUCCUGGAUUGUAUGUUGGCGGGUUGUUUGCUGCGAAGUCUCAGCUGCAGCUUGAUACUAAUAACAUCACUCACUUGUGCUCUGUUAUUCGACAAAAGUUUGAGGUUCCAAACAGGAAACAAAUUGUCUUUGAGGUAGAUGAUUCUCCUUCCGAAGAUCUGUCUAAGCACUUUGAAAAUGCUUGCUUCUUUAUCCAUGAUGCUCGCGCUUCUGGCGGCCAUGUGCUUGUUCAUUGUGCAUGCGGCGUAUCUCGAAGUGUGACCAUUGCUCUGGCUUAUUUGCUAGUGACGACGGAUUUGCCCCUGAGUAUGCUAGUUAAGGCCAUUAGAGGUGCUCGUCAUUGUGCUUGCCCAAACUAUGGCUUCAUGUUUAACCUUUUGGACCCCUGUUUUUACCGUCGUUGUGUCUUACAGCGUAUAAACUACACUUCUCAUGGAUUUCUUACGAAUCCGUAUCUGAUUACUUCCCCACAUUUAGCACUCGUUUCUACAAAAUCGUUCACGAAUCUUGCACUUCAACUGUUUCUUGGCUUGUUACGUUGA